AUGCGGCGGCUGCGGCGCCUGGCGCACCGGCUGCUCGUCCGGCCCUUCUCCCAGGGCCCGCAGCAGGGCCGGCUCCCAGGCCUCAGGGUCAAGUUCGUCUUGCUGGUGUGGCUGGGCGUCUUUGCGGGCAGCUGGCUGGCCUACGUGAACUACGCGUCCUACACGGAGCUCUGCCGCGGGCACGUGUGCCAGGCGGUCAUCUGUGACCAGUUCCACAAGGGCGUCAUCUCGGGCUCCCUGUGCCAGGACCUGUGCCAGCUGCACAAGGUGGAGUGGACGGCCUGCCUGUCCUCCGUGCCCGGCCAGCAGGUGUACAGUGGGCUCUGGCAGGGCAAGGAGGUGACCAUCAAGUGCCGCGUUGAGGAGAGCCGGAGCGCCAAGGCCGGGCCGGAGGCGGCGCCCGGGCGGGAGCUGGUGCUGUUUGACAGGCCUGUCCGGGGCACCUCCAUCCAGGAGUUCCGGGAGAUGACCCUCAGCUUCCUCAAGGCGAACCUGGGAGACCUGCCCUCGCUGCCGGCGCUGGUGGGGCAGGUGCUGGCCGUGGCCGACGUCAACAAGGACGGCCGCGUGUCGCUGGCCGAGGCCAAGGCGGCGUGGGCCCUGCUGCAGGGCAACGAGUUCCUGCUGCUGCUGUCGCUGCGGGACAAGGAGCAUGCCGCGCGGCUGCUGGGCUUCUGCGGGGACCUGUACGUCACCGAGGGCGCGCCGCCCGGCUCCUGGCACGGGGCGGCGCCCCUGCUGCGCCCGCUGCUGCCGCCCGCCCUGCACCGCGCCCUGCAGCAGUGGCUGGGCCCGCCGUGGCCGUGGCGCGCCAAGGUGGCCAUCGGCCUGCUGGAGUUCGUGGAGGAGCUUUUCCACGGCGCCUACGGCACCUUCUACAUGUGCGAGACCACGCUGGCCAACGUGGGCUACACGGCCACCUACGACUUCCGCAUGGCCGACCUGCGGCAGGUGGCGCCCGAGGCCGCCGUGCGCCGCUUCCUGCGCGGCCGCCGCUGCGCGCACAGCGCCGACUGCACCUACGGGCGCGACUGCCGGGCGCCCUGCGACCAGCUGCUGCGCCAGUGCAAGGGCGACCUCCUGCAGCCCAACCUGGCCAAGGUGUGCGAGCUGCUGCGGGACUACCUGCUGCCCGGCGCCCCCGGCGCGCUGCGUGGCGAGCUGGGCCGCCAGCUCAGCACCUGCGCCACGCUCAGCGGGCUGGCCAGCCAGGUGGAGGCCCACCACUCGCUGGUGCUGAGCCACCUCAAGACGCUGCUGUGGACCACCAUCUCCAACACCAAGUACUCCUGA